AUGUUCACUUUUACCAUUUCUAUUCUUAUUUCGAUUAUUGUUCCUCUGAACUAUGAUCUUUGUUCUUGUCAAUGUGCUAGGGCUGAAUAUGAGACAGAUAACCAGUGCUGCCCCAUGUGUGCUCCAGGAAACCGUGUUUAUUGGGACUGCACAGAUGACACCAGCACAACUUGUGUUCCAUGUCUUGAAUUAACUUUUACAGAUGAACCUAAUGGAUUAAAGGAAUGCUUCCCUUGCACUGUAUGUGAUACAAACCGAGGUUUAAGAGUGAACAAGGCCUGCAGUCGAUCAUCAGAUACUGUUUGUGAGCCACUGGAGAAGUUUUACUGCAUUGACAAGAUGAAAAGCAGUUGUACUUCAGCUCUGCAACACUCUGAUUGUAAACCUGGACAAUAUAUCAAACAAGCAGGCACCGGUUCUACAGAUACUGUAUGUGCAGAGUGUACUGGAGACACAUAUUCAAAUGGAUCUUUCUCAUCCUGUUUACCACACACAAAAUGUGAGGAUACGGGACAUGCUGAAACAAGUCCAGGAACACAUUCAUCUGACACUCAAUGCGGAAAUCCCUCUACUCCUCUACCAGUCAUUAUUCCAAGUGUUAUAGCUAUUUUAAUACUAAUUAUUGCGGUAUCAGGUGUUUUGGCAUAUAAACAUUUUUGUACAAAGGAACAAUACAAAAGAACAGGGAGACAGUUGAUAGUGGAAGUAACUCUGACCUUCUGA